GGAAGUAGUUGUAAGUGAGCCAUGUCUGGAGGGUUCUAGCAAAGACCAGAGGACUUCUUUUAUUUGGCUCCGGAAACUAUUUUAUAUCUGACAUCCAGGGACAGCGCACUUUGAUCAGCAAGACACACUAAAGAUUGAGGUUUGGAAAACCUAGUGCACUGAUAUGAGGGGACUCUUAGGAAUUUUUCUUCUAACAUUUGGUCUCCUUGUAAGAGCUAGAGAACACGACAGUUUAUCUCCUACACCAGGCCUUAACGACGCAUUUACCGACAGCAGUGACGAAACUGCUGCACCGUCUUCGUUCUCUGAUUCUGCUAGCCGUCACCAUCAUAACGCCAAUAACGAUUGGCUAUCCGAAGAUGAUGACGAUGAUGACGAUGACGUCAUGGACGAGAGCCAGCUGAAUGUGCAGCCAGCUGCCUCAGCCAAGACCGCAGCAAAAGCUGCCGCUAAACCCCUCUCUACUGUGCAACUGGAAAGCAAGAUAUUGUACGAGUUGAGCGGUUAUCGAAGGUUAUUCGGUGGAGGCCCUCUUUUUAGGUCGGCAACCCUUGACAUUGGAGCUAAAGCCGCUAACGACAAGAUGCAGAAAGGAGGCGUGAUCAGGAAAGAUGCCAGCAUCAAACACGGACAACUGCAGUGCAUAAAAUUGAUAACUUCAGACAAAGUGUCCGCUGAGUGCAACUCCUUUUGGUUAAAACAAAUGCAGGAUUACGACUGGUCAAAACCAGCACUGAAAGAUAACAACAGGUUUUUCGUCACAGCCGUUUGGAUGGCAGCAACUCAUGCUGGAAUAGCGGUCAAAAAGGGUCCUUCUGGAAGAUACUUUGUGACCAUCUUGGUCGAUCCCGCUCCUGAUGUAAAUAAUCCCAAGGCUCUUCCCGAUGUUAAAAAGUUGAAAGCCAAUGUAAAACCAUAUACCGACAUGUUUACAGCAGCUACUGGAGCCAAAUGCCCCACUGGAUUUACCGAAUAUCAAGGCUCCUGUUACAAGCUGCACAAAGACAAGCAGACAUGGAUGAAUGCUUUAGGAGAAUGUCUGAAAGAAAGCGCAACUCUCCCUCCGAUCGAGUCAUCAUUAGAAAACGAUUUUUUCAAGCAGGGGCUCUUGAAGGGCCAGAAAGAUUUCACCUGGCUGGGCUUUAACGACCGUCUGGCAGAAAGUAUGUACAUGUCGGUUGAGGGCUCACAGAUUCGCUUCAUGGACUGGGUGAAUGGACAGCCUACAGGCAAAAAUGAAAACUGCGUUGGCUUCAAUAACAAGGCCAAGUACGGCACUAUGGCAGACUUUCCAUGUACCACUGCCAGCACGUAUGUGUGCAAAAAACCUUUAGAAGGUUACAUUACCUAUCUCCUGAAACUCGAAGUGGAAUCCAUGGUGUGGUUGGAUGACUUGGGAAAUCCUGGAUCUCUCGCUUACCAGCAACUAUCUACAAAGUUCCAAAAGGCGCUCAAAGAAAUUUACACAAAGGCUGGAGUUAAAAAUCUCAUGAGUUCCGUAAUCACUUCUGUCAGCAACGGUCUCCCACCUCCACCACCAGUACCAGUAUACAACUACUUUGGCAAACGUCAGGUUACUGCAAUCAGAGUGACUCCAGCACCUACAACUCCUCCAAAACCAAAGCCCUCUGGUGGUGUAGCCACGCCUGCAAAGCCCACUCCUCCUAAGGUUCCAACCACAAAGCCAAAGAAGAAGGUUAUUGUGAAACUAUCUCUGACAUUUGGACCAAGCAACAUUCUCCCAGACCCAACAUCACCUCUUCAGGAAUAUCUUCGAGCUAAUGGAAACAAACUACCAGCACCACUGAGCGAAAAGCUGAAACUUCUCACCAUCAGCAUCUCUCCUCCAGGUUCAGCAUCUUGCCCUCCAAUCUGUGCAACUCAGUGUGUUUCAAGCUGCGCCCCAAGCUGCUGCACCUCCACAGUGCCUGCCCCUGCUCCAUACAUGGCACCCCCAUGUGUACCAACUCCAUAUAAUCCCUGUCCACCUAAGCCAGCUCCAACGCAACCACCACCAACACAGCCAAAGGUCCAAGCCAAACGACCUGCUGCAAAAUGCACUCCUACGCUAACCUCGCCCUGUCCACAACCAAUGCCUUUUCCUGCUCCAGCUUUCCCACAAUAUCCCCCACCUCCACCUCCACCCUGUGUUCCAACAAUAAUGAACAACUUUUGCCGCAACAUGGUCGCAAGGCCACUGGUAGCAAACACAGGACGCUUCUUUCCUAAAAAGCCUUUGAUGAGUGCUCCUCGCAUUGCUUACAGAUUUCCACUUCAACCGGCAUACAGGCGUAUAAUGCCUAGGUUGGUAUCUUCAAGGCCGGUGUCUCGUGCUGUGUUGCCUGUUCCACAGGCAGGGGCAUUUAGGCAGUGUAUACCCUCUGCUCUAUCACCAUGUCCUCCUAUUAUGAUGCCUCCUCCUCCUCCUCCACCUCAGCCUAUGAUGAUACCUCAAUAUCCCAUGCCUCAGAUGGCCCCACCCUGCAUUCCAAAUAUUUCCCCGAACUGUCCACCAAAACCAGCACCGAAGAAGCCAGCGGCCAAGGCAGCAAAACCACCUAAACCUGUGAACCUUAUGGGUUUGACUUAUCCACAAAGCAGCAUGAUAAUGCUUCCUCCACCACCGCCUCCUCCGAUGCCGCCACCAAUGCCUAUGCCUUGCAUUCCGUCUCCUUUCAACCCCUGCCCACCCCCCUCCCCACCAAAAGCGGGAAAAACUAAGUCUAAAAGCACAGCUCCCAAACCGUGCGCUCCAGUGCCAACUCCUGGAUGCACACCACCAAUGCCUAUGCCCAUGCCAAUGCCAAUGCCAAUGCCUAUGCCUAUGCCCAUGCCAAUGCCAGCGCCACCAAUGCCCAUGCCAAUGCCUUGUGGACUUCCUCCGGCCAAACCCUGUAAACCAGUGACUCCACCGCCGCCCAAGCCAAUGUUAAUCAAACUUCCUGCCAUACAGAUCCAAGUGCCUCAGCAACAACCACCACCUAUGGUGCCACCUAUGAUGCCACCUAUGCCUCCCUGUCCCCCAAUGUGUGGAGCCGCGCCUCCCACUGUAUGCCCACCUGCCUGUCCCAAACCAUGCUGCAAAACAAGACUGGGACGGUCUGUAGAGUCUUCCAAAAAGGAGUAACGUACUUCACUUAUCGACGCUUUUUAAAGACUGAAGAACACUGUGACUAGCAGUGUAAGUCAGCCACAAGAAAACUCUAAAUAAUGUCUGAACAGAUAGGCUAGUAUGCAGCGUUUUGAAUUUUCUUGGCCGGCAUGACUGCAUUUUGUCGCUCGGUUAGCGUGUUUUAUACGCAAAUCAAUCAACGACUGCAAUCUGUUGCACGUUUUUAAGCUUUUAGACUUAUAAGCCAAGAUAAAAAAAAACUCUUUUAGCAAACCACAGCUGAGUAAUAAAAGAGCUGAUAAAAAUUCUGUAUUAGUUACUUCAUAAAUCCGACGUUCUCAAGUACUUGGGUUUAUCUUACCUUUCUCUUCUGGUGGCAGGAGUUUGACAGGAGCUUCUCAUCAUUUCUUCCUCGGAGAAAGAAAACCAUCGUUUAGGUUAUAAUAUACCGUAGUGCUAGAUUGACAAGUACAUAUGUAUAUUUUAUUUUGGCUCGCAUUAUAUUGUAAAUUAAUGUUUGGUUCUUAAGUGAUUGUAUUGAGAUUUUAUUUACAAGGGUUCUAUCUCAUAGGACAAUGUGAUCGUUUUCCAUGAUCACGCGCAGAGAAGAUAUUCAAUAAAGCUGAGGAGUCUCUAAAAUAUA